AAAGUUUACAUCCUCCUCCCUCCGUACAAAAUUUCCACCGUUACUACAUCGUCACAAAAAAUGCUCUGAGGAUAUUCCUGGGCGAAAACACUUGGAACAUUUGAUAAGGCAAAACCAAAGAAUCCGUGUGUUGGAGUUUUAGUGUAGGACGCCAGUCAGUGAGGCACUCGGACGCCCCUAACCGUUCUCAUUAUUUAAAGAUUAUGAAAAGCAAUAGACGAAGGAAGGACGGAAGGAGAAGCCGAGAAGGAGAAGGAGAAGGAGUCCCAAACGGAAGAGGAUAAUGUCACAACUUCUGUUUGCUAGCGCUAUGUAAUUCAAAGAAGAAAGAAAGAAAGGGGAGAAUAGUUCUCAUGUUCAUGGUUUCGCAUUCAAUAGACCUAACUAAUUAACUACAAAUAAAUUCAAUACCACAAACUUCUUCUACUUCCCCAACUCCUCUUCUUCAAAUCACAAAAAUGCCACUACCACAGGACCUCACUCCCCACCAACAAUCCCACUGUUUCCUCAAUUUCCCUUCCGAUUUCUCUUCCCUCACCGCGCCACCGCCCGGGGGAUUGUUCCUCGAACCCGCAACUCCAGAUUCCUUCCUCCGCCUGCUUCCCGCCGCCUCGAUUCGUGCCGAAUUGAAUCCCUCGCCGCCACGCCGGAGGCUUAAGGCGGCAGUAGCUGCUAGCUGCUUCUUGUCGGUGAGCUUGCCGAGUGCUAAACUCGUGGUGCCGAAUGGGGACAACGGCUCCGACAAGGAGACAAGUUCGGAGGAGGGUGUUGUUGAGGUACAACACAAGGUUAGGACGGUACGAGGAGGCAAUGCCGUCAACAACACCACUAAGCAUCUAUGGGCUGGUGCCGUAGCUGCCAUGGUUUCUAGAACUUGUGUUGCUCCACUUGAAAGACUUAAGCUGGAGUAUAUAGUUCGCGGGGAGAAGAAGAAUAUCGUUGAGCUUGUGAGAAAGAUAGCCACUUCUCAGGGUCUGAGGGGCUUUUGGAAGGGGAACCUUGUAAAUAUUCUGCGGACGGCUCCAUUCAAGGCAGUGAAUUUUUGUGCUUAUGAUACAUAUAGGAAGCAGCUCCUUAGAUUCUCCGGAAAUGAGGAAACUACCAAUUUUGAGAGGUUUAUUGCUGGUGCUGCUGCUGGAAUUACUGCUACCAUUAUUUGCCUUCCACUUGACACAAUCCGGACCAAGUUGGUGGCACCUGGUGGGGAAGCUUUGGGUGGUGUUAUUGGUGCUUUCCAAUACAUGAUUCGGACUGAAGGCUUCUUUUCUCUCUACAAGGGUUUGGUACCGUCAAUUAUAAGUAUGGCUCCUUCUGGUGCAGUUUUUUAUGGUGUAUAUGAUAUACUCAAAUCAGCUUAUUUGCAUUCACCCAAAGGAAGGAAGCGAAUCCAGAAUUUGCACAAACAGGGUAAGGAAUUGAGUGCAUUGGAUCAGCUUGAGUUAGGACCAGUAAGGACGCUGUUGUAUGGUGCUAUUGCCGGUGCUUGUGCAGAAGCUGCUACAUAUCCAUUCGAAGUGGUAAGGAGGCAGCUUCAAUUGCAAGUCCAGUCUACCCGUUUAAGUUCUUUUGCAACUUGUGCCAAAAUAGUGGAACAUGGAGGCAUUCAAGCUCUGUAUGCAGGACUUAUUCCCAGCUUACUCCAGGUACUUCCUUCAGCAUCAAUCAGUUACUUUGUCUAUGAGUUCAUGAAGAUUGUUCUCAAAGUGGAGUAGCCAAUGAAUAGAUUAUUAUCAGUUAUACACUGAUGAGAAGUUGUAGCAUCAUAUGUUUUAUAGGUCCGCACUUAAUAUAGGUGCAGAAUGGUAGCGGUUGACUUCACUUGGCAAUCAUAUUUGAUGUCUGCCUUUGAAGGUUCAAAGCAUAAUUCGGGUCUGCAAUCCCUUUUACAAUUGUUCACAAUUCAUGUAUUUCCCACAGGAAAAUUUUGGACGGAUUCCAUAAUCAAUCAAAUCUACCAAGGCUUCAGUUUUACAAAAAAAAAAAAUGUUUGAUUAGUGACUGCUUGAUCUUGACUUCAAUUCUUAUUCGCCCUGUACUCUUGUUUCAUUUAUUUAUUUUUAAAUCAUUAUCAUGGAGCAUAAUAGCACCCAAGCAACCUUCUGAAAAAGGAUCUAAUAUCAAUCUCCUCCCUCUAGGUUGUAACUUUUACAAUCUUCCAUAUGCUGGAUUACGCCUUAUUAGGGUGUGUGGUUUUGUUUUUGUCGAAUUAAUUUCAAUGUAAUGUAGUAAUUUAUACUAUACUAGUGGGAUGUUGAAGUAUCAA